ACAGACGACUAUCCUGGCAAAGGACGCGGGUGAUUAGGACGAGUUGCCCUGGCCUGAAGGCAAAGCUAUCGUGCAUCCAUCUAGUAGCAUGUCGAGGGACCGUCAAUACAGGAGAGCACCAACGUUUUUCAUCUUCUUUCACUGCCUGGGGCUGGUGUCACACCGCACUCGUGCCUUCCUUCUUCCUCGGCAGCCAUUCCUGGGAUUUUCUCAGAAACUUGCUUGUUGGGGCUCACAUCCCCUCACGCCAUCGCGCCGGAUCUCCUCUGCUCUCCCCCUACGGGCCGCCAGUGACACAGGUCCUACAGAGGGAAAUUCUAUACCUGACCCUGUCCCUAACUCAGACAAUGGCAUAGUUGUGGAAGGCCCCAUUCGGGCAGAUGACACGGAGCGGUUUCUGGUGGACAUCAGCGUACCGGAGCCUUUGGCCGCCGAAUUGGAGGAGACGAAUUUGGUUAAAAUUGUGAAGCUAAUGUGUAAAGACGAGGAGGUAAACUGGCUAGCGUGGAAAUGCCUCGGCUACCGUUAUGUGCCUACAGAGGGUCGGUGGGACAACACCCGCGUCUUCCCCAAAUGGCGGGCACGAUACCCGGAUCCACCGGACCUUGUGGGGGUGACUCGCAUCUACGAGAAAGAGGUGGAUUUCCCGGUCAAGCGCGCGAACACGGCCCUCGUCCGCUCCGUCCCCAAGAUGUACAAGCAGUCUUUGAAAGAGCUGCUGGCUCCGUACGGUUUCAAAGGCUACAAGUUUGCGGAGCUCACGCCGAACCGGACACGGAGAGCGCAGGUCUGCAACUGGCUAUUGUAUUAUAAGCGAGACCUGUGGGGGAUUUCUUUGGAAGACUUGUUGAAAGCCAAGGAGACGGUCACGCAGGUGACGCGGGAAGGGGAAUCACCGGAGCAACUAGCAAAGAAGAUGGUUUAUUGAAAGAAUAUGGGGAGUCCUGGGGCUGGAACGAAGGGGGCGUGGUCAAGAUUAAUUUCUGAAGGUGAGGGUUUGUGAAGAGGCAAAUAUAGGAAGUGGAGAUGUUUGAGCCAGUUUUUUUAAAAUUGCCGCGAAUAACACUUAAAGGCGUUACACAUGGAGCCUUGCAUGUGAUUAAGAAUGAAAUUCAAAUUGAAUCUCUUGAGGUCUACGAAACUUUCUUACCAACAUAAAGGUGUUUCCAGUGAAUAUGUGAUGUCGAAG